CUUCAAUCCUUCACUGACCUCAGCUGUGGUCCGAGACCUGGUCGCCGCCCACUGCACCGACCGCGCCGUCCGUCGCAACGGGCAGCGGCUACCUCGAGCUUGUCGACAAUCCACCAGUCGACUCUCUCGCACACCAUCACCACCCUGACGCUCAUCUCAUUUUGCUCGCACCAUGAGUCAGCGCAAACUUGGUGCUAAAACCUCUCUGCCCGACGACCCAGAGUGGAUUACCUUCCCUCGCUCCGAUGGAGACGCGAAACUUCUGCCGAAGAAUACGGAACGUAUCGUCGACUCAUCAGGGCAAGUCAACUUCAUGCGCCCCGUCGGCCUCGAUGAGAGCGCGGCCAUUAACUGGCGUGUCGGCGUGGGUUCUCAGGUUGCCAUCAAGCUCGAUUACCCUGAGGGCCCAAGUUAUGUCCUGAAGAAUUGGCCCGACGGAUACCAGUUUUACGAUCACAACAAGGGCCCCGCCCCUUCCCCGCGACACGAUCCAUAUCUAUGUGGAUCUACCCUCGUCAAUCGCUUUCGCUCGAUCAACGAGUUUAUACCCCACGCCGUCUGGCUAAUGACCGACGAGACCUUGAACCGCGCCAACUGCGAAUGCAAGUACUGCGCGAAAAAGCCCCAGCGCGUCGUUACUGAGGUCCUCGCUCUCCCUUCCGGUCCCAGGCGCGGAUCGUCCACGGCCAGUAGCCCAUCCAAGUCGAUCCGCCGGCAUCGCGAGGUCCGAAAACCCAGGCAGUACGCGCAGGUGCGUCGCGCGCCCAAGCCCGUCAAGACUGUUCGUGCGGGGCCAGAGCAGUCGCUCGUCCAGGAGCGUGAUAACGAUGUCAGACAUUCGCUUGUGACAGGAGAGGCGGGUGUGUCUAGAUGGCACAGGAAGGGAGAGCUGGUGUGGUGCGCGCUCAAUCCGCCGAUACGGGGGGAGAAAGAGGACGGCUGCAUCCAGUUUUGGCCAGGCAUCGUCGAUCGCGUGGACGUUCACACCGACGUCCUAAGACAUGAAAACGCUAUAGAUGCUGCACUGGAGAGCAUGCAGAUACACCCUGCAGAGCUUGAUCCAGGAACCGCAUCGGGCGAGGACAAUUCACCCGUUGUGUCGGGAGAUGCGACCACGAAGCCGCCCUGGGAUGUGCGCCAGUGGUAUUCCUACAACGUCAAGCUCCUCGCAGUCACUUCCACCUGCGUCGUAUCCGAUAACGAAGUCCUGCCUUACCUCGCAUAUGCCCCAUCGGAACAGCUCCUCGGGACUUUACAGGACCAACUGCAGCAGAUCAUGCACACAAACGCGAUUGCGGAGAUGGACAGUGACCUCACCCGUACAUUCCUUUUCAGCCCCAUUCCCGAGAAGCAGGAUGCGCAAGACCCGUUCGCAGGUCCUUCUACGGUCUUGGUCCCGGACUUUGCACGCUACAGGGAAGCCGUCGUCCCGUUCUCGCUCGCGGUACAGAUCGCAUCAAACGUUGCCGGGUUCUGGGGCCCCACAGACGAGUGGGAGUGCAAGUUCACCAUUCCGACAAACACGCCGCCGCCGCCGCCGCCUCCCGAACCUCGCCCACAUGCCUCUACACCCGCGCAGGAGUCUGAUGCCGGCCUGAGCUUGGAGGCGCUCCUGACACAGGCCGCGGAGAAUAACGCUGUGGACGUCAGCCAUCGGGCCACGGCGCAGAAUGUGCAGAUCAACCCGGACGGGAUCUACCGCCCACAGGGCAUGUCGGACGAGGAGUUCGAAGAAAGGCGCACGCGCAUGCUCGGCCAGCACCCCGUGCCGGCCCCAGUCGUCACCCAGACGCGCUACCAGGGCCUCUGGUGGGGCGCCGAGCGCAUCUGGACGGACGAGCUUGUCCGCCUGAAGCUCGCGCGCUGCCAGUUCGCCCCAGCGGGCACGGAUGUCUUCUACCCGCCCGCGGGCCCGAGCGCGUCAGGGCGCGCGCAUGUGGAGGACAGCGGCUACACGGAGGCCGUGGACGAACGUGCGUUGGGAGCGGCGGAGAAGGGGCUGUUCAUGCUGCUGGAGGGCCUGUUCGUCGUGGACGUGCCGAACCAGGACGGAUCCGGCACGACAAAGGAGUGUCGCGCAUGUGGACAGCUCUAUGAGCUGGCGGACGGAGACUGGGAGGACCCGAUGGAGCCCAGUCAACCGCCACCUCAGGCCAGCGGAAGCAACAACGGCAAAGGCAAAGAGAGGGCCUCCGAUGUAGGAGCGGGGGCUAAUGGUAGUGUUGCUGUAUCGCAGGGACAGUCAGGACCCUCGUUCAUGCCUGGACCAUCCCCUCUGAAACCCCCACCUCUGCCCAACCCUGAUCCGACCGUAUCCGUGGCAGACACUGCACACGCCGCCCUUGCACAAACGACACAAGGCUCAGGCAAAUUCAAGGCGCAGACUGUCGGCAGCCAGCUCUCACAUCCUGCAAACUCGGUGCCGUAUCCGCUACCGAGACCACCAAAGGGCUUCAAGUUCCACCGCAUACACCCGCCUGGCCAUGAGGUCGUCCUCUCGCUGCCUCUCAUUAGCGGGAGGUAUUAUCCCGGGCUGCUGGAACAUCCUCUCAUGCAGCCGCUCAUCGACAAGGCGUUUGAUGUCCCGUCCUCGGAUGGUGGGUUGGAGAAAAGCAGACAUCUCUGGGCUAUGGAAGGAUUGGUCGCAGGGGUGCACCAGUCCAUGGACCCGACCAUUUGGAAGCCGUCACGCACGGUGCUGUUUAAGGACGCGGAUGCAGAGUCGAGAAGUCAUUUCAAGGCUCUGUGGGAGGAGGUCAAAGAAAGUCGAGUGCAGAUCGACAUGUCACAGUAUCUCAAUCCCGAUGCGAUGGACGUGGACAUGUACUGAGCAUGUGUAACAUAUAUUGACUGCUUUGCUAUCUUGUCUGUUAUAUCGCCAAUCUUGGGGCUGCUGAUUGUUCACCUCGCACACCGUGUUGUGUACUUAGUUUCAAUCCAUUCCAUGUAUCGUAUACCGUCCA